UCACGUUGCUGCUGAUGUGGUGUUCCGAAGUUAGCGACUUUGCUCGACUCAUUCCCGACUGUUUUCGUCUCUAAACUAAUCACCUUGACUAAUUCACAAUGCCCCACUUUCAAACUUGGGAGGAGUUCGCCCGCGCAGCCGAGAAACUGUAUCUUACGGAUCCUAUGAAGGUUAGAGUGGUUCUGAAAUAUAGACACUGCGAUGGAAACCUUUGUAUUAAAGUCACGGACAACUCUGUGUGUUUGCAGUACAAGACAGACCAGGCUCAGGAUGUAAAGAAGAUUGAGAAGCUCCACGGAAAACUAAUGAGGCUCAUGGUGUCCAAGGAAACGCACAGCAGUGCAAUGGAGACGGACUAAAACCCUUUGGAAAGCUGACAAUCUAGAGCAGGACUGAGCUCAGUGUGGACACACAGAACCAGCACGCGUGAUGGAGAUCCCACAAGUCUGGGGAUUGUCGACCCGCAUGCUCCUUCAGAAAUGGAAUUCUACAUACUGUAUAUAUUUUAUGUUCUCAGGAUUUCAUUUUUCAAGUUGUUUCAUUACAAAUAUAUAGUGAUCCUGCUUUUGAAUGUCAAGCUUUCAAAUGUCCAACAGAUCAUGAUGAAAUGAAGUAGAUCUGGUAGUGAGGGGAUGGAAUUUGAGGCCUUGCCACCACAGGCAUCUUCAUUUUUCAAACAUGGCUUCAGUUAUUUUUAAUUUAAAAAACAAUCUUUUUCAAGAUAGUGUAUGAUAAAGUCAAGGCUACCUGCGUUGUGUGCCAACAGUUAAAGAAUCCGCUUCUGUCACACAGAUGUUUGAUGAAAACCUGCAUCAAGAUGCCAUCAAUCUGCUGGAUAUUUUUGUGUUACAUUUUCAAUAAAUGUCAAUUCACCCACCUACCAUUUGAGCAAGGUUUUGGUUCAAGAUGUUUGGAUAAAAGUUUCACCAUCUU